AUGUCUUCAUCGGGGAACCCCCUCUUCACACCUUCUCUGGCCAUGGACACCGGGAGUAACUUCGUCUGGGUCUGCUGCUGCUUCGGCUGCCCCUAUGGCUUCAAUCCCGACCGCUCCAUCACCUACGCCAAGAUCCCCAGCAUCUCCCCCAAAUGCUUCAGCUUCACCCUCGGCACCUUCCAGGAGGGUCCCGACUGCCGCUUUUCCACUGUGUACGAGGACGGGAUGUGGAGCUCCGGCGUCAUCGCCCGCGAUACCUUUACCCUCGCCACGUCGGAUAGCGGGCUCCGCAAGGUCCUCGACGUCAUGUUCGGGUGCACGACCGACACAGGCGGCAGGACCAGCGCCCUGGGUGGGGUUCUCGGGAUGGUGGCUCAGAGCCCAUACCACCUGGCGGCCCGGCUGUCGAGCAGGUUCUCAUACUGUAUCGGUGAUCUGCGGGACCAUGGGUACGCGCACAACUAG